GAAGAAGAAGAAGACAAAACGCCAUUAAAGAAACGCUCACGCUCUUUUCCUUCGUCAACUGUCAAGCCUUGGAGAGAGAGAGAGAGGCAUCCGAUCCGAGCUUUAGAUGGAGAGAGACAACGAUUGCAGUAUCUGCACGGCGUCGUUCUGUCCAAGUUUCAGCAGCUACUCCGCCGAUCGCCUCGCAGAAACCGCCGAGCGGGUUAGCCGCGAAGUCGCCGGAGAAUCGGAUGAUUCUCGGAGGGAGGAAGACAGAGUUAUUAAGUGCGGUGUAGAUGAUGAGGAUGGGUUUGAAUUCGUCAAUCUCCGGACUGAUCCCCACGCGGCUGCUGUGGCUUCCGGCGACAGUGGACUAAUUUUUCCGGUAUUCGAUCAGAAUCUCAUUUCUGAUUGCUACGGCGUCGGAUCUGAUGGGGAAGAUUUGGUAGCGACGGUUAUGACUCCGCUGAGGGAUCUCUUCCUCCGCGAUCGCGACGAUCCUCCGCCUCCGGUACCAUCGUCGUCAUCGGACGAUGAAGAUGAUGAGUUGGAGGGAAUCCCGAGCGAGAUCUACUGUCCAUGGACGCCGGCGAGAUCGAUAGCGGAGAUGUCGCCAAGCGGAGGCUGCAGAAAGAGCAAUUCGACGGGAUCAUCGUCGACAUCGACCUGGUCGGCCAAACGGUGGCGAAUUAGGGAUCUGCUGAGGAGAAGCCGCAGUGACGGGAAACAGUCGCUGGUUUUCAUAAACUCGAAUCCCGCGAAGAGCAAUGGCGAGAGAGUAAUCCGAGAAGACGAAUCUUCGAAGAAGGAGAAGAAAUCGAAGGAGAAGAUUUCAGCACAUGAGAGGUUUUACCUGAGGAACAAGGCGAUGAAGGAAGAGGACAAGAGAAAGUCGUAUCUCCCUUACAAGCAAGAUCUGGUUGGACUUUUCACCAACAUCGGCGGAUACGGAAAAACUUUUCCUCCCUUCUGAUUCCUGCAGUGUAAUCCUCUCCCUCGAUCUCUAAUGGCAGGACAAAGUUUUUUCUUUAAUUAAUUAAAUUAAUCAGAGUAAUUAAUUAAAUAAUUAAAGAAUGCAACUUCAUGAUUCCAUGUCUGGGUUCGAGGUUCUCAAUAAAAUUUCGGCAUUUCAUUGA